AUGGGCCUCGGUUUAAACGCCACCCUAAGCCACGGCGUCAUUGGUGUUGGCUACGCCAUUAACGAAGCGUCGAUGGAGACGGCUGGCAUCCAAUACGAGAACCUGCCGAUUGCCCUUGUGCGCAACAAUAUAACGGCCACGAGCGCAUAUAGUCUAUGGUUGAACGACCUGAGUUCGCCCAUGGGCAGCAUCUUGUUUGGCGGCGUUGACACGGAAAAAUAUGUUGGGGACAUGAUCAAGGUCAAGGUGAUCCCGGUCAGGACUUCUGGUCGGGAAGUGUACAACCACUUUCGAGUGCCUUUGACAUCCAUCUCCGCAGAGAGCCCCUCCGGGAGCGACUCACUCACAACUGCAAGCUUCCCUGUCGAGGUUAUUCUUGAUUCUGGUACGACACUUAGCUCCCUACCACAGGACCUUGUGGACCAAAUGUGGGAAGAGGCUGGUGCCGAAUUCUCUUCUAUCCUACGUCAGCCCCUCAUCCCUUGUUACCGUCGGAACAGUCCGGGGAAGUUUACCUUUGGCUUCGGUGGCCCAGGCGGGCCUAAGGUCGUUGUACCAAUGGAUGAGCUUGUCCUUGACCUCAGUACGGGCGAGCCUCCGCAUUUCCCGGAUAGUAGUAAGUACAAAGGCCAGGAGGCGUGCCUCUUUGGUAUUCGAGACUUCGGUGGGCCGCCUUAUAUCCUUGGCGGAACUUUCUUGCGCUCGGCGUACGUGGUUUAUGACCUUGCCAACAAUGAGAUCGGUAUUGCGCAAACGGAUUUCAACGAGACAGAGAGUUCCAUCAUCGCUUUCGCUUCCAAUGGGUCGACCAUCCCCUCAGCCACAGAGGCACCAAAUCAGGGCCAGACUGAUACACCAGCCCAACUUAUUCUGCCUGCCUAUAAUGCGAGAGAUGGGUUCCAAAACUCCGCAUGGACACCAGCAGCGUUUCGAGCCUCGGCCCUUCUCGUCCUUGGGGCGGCAUUUUGGACGCUGGCCCAACUUCAUAAUGAGGAUACGGCCGCCGAAGCUUUGCGCAUGGCCCAGGAGGACUCUGCUACCCUCACGCCCGAAGCCGCAGCGUCGAAGAUGAGUCCCGAAGAAGCUGCGAGAUUGUCAACCGUGCGCAAUAUUGGUAUCGCUGCGCACAUCGACAGUGGAAAAACUACCUGCACCGAGCGGAUCCUCUACUACACUGGCAGAAUCAAGGCCAUUCAUGAAGUUCGAGGGAAGGAUUCAGUAGGCGCAAAGAUGGACUCAAUGGAUCUCGAGCGUGAGAAGGGCAUCACCAUCCAAUCUGCUGCUACAUUUGCCGACUGGACGAAAACGGAGGAUGGCGUUGACAAACAAUAUCACAUCAACCUUAUCGAUACUCCUGGCCAUAUCGAUUUCACUAUCGAGGUUGAGCGCGCUCUUCGCGUCCUCGAUGGCGCUGUCAUGAUUCUUUGCGCCGUCAGUGCUGUCCAAAGUCAGACCAUCACCGUCGAUCGCCAGAUGAAGAGGUACAAUGUGCCGCGCCUCAGCUUCGUCAACAAGAUGGACCGAAUGGGAGCAAACCCGUGGAAAGCCGUGGAGCAGAUCAACACCAAGCUGAAGAUUCCGGCUGCCGCUAUCCAGGUCCCUAUGGGCGCCGAGAACGAGUUUGAAGGGGUCAUUGACAUUAUCGAAAUGCAAGCCAUAUACUUUGAAGGCCCUAGGGGAACCAAAAUGAGGAGGACCACCGAGAUACCCGCCCACCUCCAAGACCUCGCCGCUGAGAAAAGGCAGGUCCUAAUCGAAAAGCUAGCCGAUGUGGAUGAUGAAAUGGCCGAAAUGUUUCUUGAUGAGAGGGAGCCUACGGUGCAGCAGAUUAAAGCUGCUAUCAGGCGCUCCACCAUCAACCUCAAGUUCACUCCCGUUAUGAUGGGUACUGCUCUUGGCGAUAAAGGCAUCCAGCCUAUUCUCGACGCGGUCUGCGAUUAUCUCCCCGACCCUGGUGAAGUGCCCAAUAUGGGUCUCGAUAGCUCCAAGAAUGAGGCGCCCGUCGCUUUGGUGCCGUACAAUACUCUUCCUUUCGUGGGCCUGGCCUUUAAGCUUGAGGAGAACAACUAUGGCCAACUCACUUAUAUCAGGGUCUAUCAGGGAAAAUUGAGGAAGAGCAGCUAUCUCUUCAACUCCCGAAAUGGAAAGAAGGUCCGGAUCCCCAGAAUUGUACGAAUGCACUCCAACGAGAUGGAGGAUGUCAGCGAGAUUGGCGCUGGUGAAAUCUGCGCGGUUUUCGGGGUCGAUUGCGCUUCUGGCGAUACUUUCACGGAUGGUAACCUACCGUACACUAUGUCGUCCAUGUUCGUCCCUGAUGCGGUUAUGUCACUUUCUAUCAAGCCGAAGAAGUCGAGUGACGCCGACAACUUCAGCAAGGCUAUGAACCGUUUCCAACGCGAAGACCCUACUUUCCGCCUCCACGUUGAUCCGGAGAGCGAGGAGACCAUCAUCUCUGGCAUGGGUGAGCUUCACCUCGAGAUUUACGUCGAGCGUCUCCGACGAUUCGACUUCCUUCUUAAGCGCCAGUCUGGCGGUCCUGGUGACUAUGCGCGCGUAGCCGGCUGGAUCGAACCCAACUCAGACCCUAGCACCAACGUCUUCGAGGAACAAGUAGUUGGAGGCAGUAUUCCCGAAAAGUUCCUGAGCGCUUGUGGUAAGGGUUUCGAGCAGGCCUGCAACAAGGGCCCUCUUCUCGGCCACAAGGUCAUUGGUGUCAAGAUGGUCAUCAACGAUGGUGCAACCCAUGUCACCGAUUCAUCCGAUUUUGCCUUCAGUUUAGCCACCCAGAUGGCCUUUGAGAAGGCCUUCAAGGAAUCUAACGGCCAGGUCCUUGAGCCCCUCAUGAAGACACACAUCACGGCGCCUAACGAGUUCCAAGGUAAUAUUCUGAUGCUGCUCAAUAAACGUAGUGCGACCAUCCAUGAUACCGAGGUCGGACCAGAAGACUUCACGAGCGUGGCGGAUUGCAGCCUCAACUCCAUGUUCGGCUUCAGCACUCAGCUACGCGCUGCCACCCAAGGCAAGGGUGAAUUUAACAUGGAGUUCAGCCACUAUGCUCCUGCGCCUCCUCAUCUCCAGAAAGAGCUGGUCGCCAAGUAUCAGAAGGAGCUCGAGGCAAAGCGAACCAAAUAA